AUGAAGGUUGGAGUUUGGAAUAUUAGGGGAAUUCAUCAAGCCCCCAAGAAAAUCGAUCUGAUGACCCUUGUUAAAGAUCAUUCUCUCCAACUGUUUGGUGUUCUAGAAACUAAAUGUACAACUAAAUACUUUGAUGAUUUCCUCCAACGGAAACUCCCGGGCUGGAACUCCUCGACUAAUUUCCACUGCAUUAAGGGUGGUCACAUUGCUGUGUUUUGGAACCCCUCAACAGCUUCCAUCACUGAUAUUGUUACUAAGGAGCAAUGUAUCACGCUGGACGUCACUUCCAGAGUGUCUGCUACUUCUGUUAUUAUCUCUUUCGCGUAUGGUUUCAACUCCCUUGUUAAACGAAGAGGGUUAUGGAACAGCCUGCUCUGUCUGGGAGCCUCCUUACAGAAACCCUGGCUCAUUCUAGGUGACUUCAACUCUGUUUUGGAGCCCUCGGGUCGGAUCUGUGGUAGCAUUGUUCGGCCUUAUGACUAUAAAGACUUUCUCUCGUGCGUUACAGCCCUUGGCCUCAGUGAUCUCCCUUCUUCUGGUUGCUGUUUCACUUGGAAAAAUAAUCGUGUCUGGUCUAAACUUGAUCAAGCCAUGGUUAAUCACUCAUGGCUCUCAUCUAAUUUUGUCAGCUCUGUGGCUUUCCUCCCAGCUGGCUUCUCGGAUCACUCUCCAGCGAUUGUUUCUCUCUUUGACCAUGUGACUAGAAAGGGCUCCCCCUUUAAAUUUUUCAAUAUGUGGACAACCCACCCUUCAUUCCUGGACUAUGUGAAGGCUGCUUGGGAUCAACCAGUGUAUGGCAGCGUCCAAUUCAAACUGGUUUCGAAAUUGAAAUUGGUUAAAAUAGGCCUAUCCUCCCUUAACAAGCUCCAUUACUCUCACAUUUUAGAACGUGCUAAAGCUGCCUCUGAUGCACUGAAACAGCCCCAGGUUGAAUCUGAUGCUGCUCCAGGCCUUUACCCUACUGAAAAUAUGUUGGCUCUUAAGGAUAAAGCUAUUUUUCUUCAACAAGCUGCUGUUGCUUUUGCGCUCAAAAAAAGAAGUAUAAAUAUCUGGUAUCUAACGAUAAAUGCACCAAGCUCUUUCAUUCGAUGA